UGAGGCUGGGUUUGUUCUGAUGUCACACUGGGCUGCAACAGCUCAAGGGCUAUCUCCGUUCUACAGAUACUUGGCGAAAUCAUGAACUUCAGAUACAUCUAAGGAAAGAGCUCAUCUUCAGAACUUUUCAGGGAAAGUAUGAAAACUAAUUAGGGUCCUUCUUGUCCUGGGGUUAAUCACUGCAAAGAGUCUUCAAGGAGUUCUGUUUUAAUUUUUAUUUAUUUUUCUUUUGUUUGAUGUCUUUUUACAAAGCUGGAUUAUUGAAAUUAGAAAAUUAUUUCACAAAGAAGGUGGCUGAAUGUUGCAAGCUUGCAAAAUGGAAGGAUUUCCCCUCAUUUCCCCUCCCUCUGAAGAACUGAUAUCCUAUGACUCAGACCUCUACAGGCAGUCCCAUGACAGUUACCAGUAUCUCAGCAGUGAUGCAGAUAGUCAUGGUGGUGAAUUGUUUUUAUGUCCAUCAGACCACUGCUGGGAAUAUCACCCCCACCACAUGCACACAGAGUUUGAGACCUUUGGGGACAACCACUUUGCAGAGCUCCAAAGCGUACAGCCACCUCAGCUGCAGCAGCUCUACCGGCAUAUGGAGAUUGAACAGAUGCAUGUUCUAGAUUCCGGGAUCCCUGCCACACAUUUUGGGAUCAACCACAAUCACCAGGUUACCUUUGUGCCUCGCACAGUGUGCAUAUAUCCCUCUCAUCAGCGUAGUUCUGACGACGAAGAUCUCGAGAGACAGAGCCCCCCAUUGGAAGUAUCAGAUGGGGAGACUGAUGUUGGGGAGCCUGGCCCUGGAAUUUUGAGUGGAGAAGCAGGCAGUAAGAAGAAAAUCCGACUUUACCAGUUUCUUCUUGACCUGCUUCGGAGUGGAGAUAUGAAGGAUAGCAUCUGGUGGGUGGAUAAAGAAAAGGGCACUUUCCAGUUCUCCUCCAAACAUAAAGAAGCACUAGCUAACCGCUGGGGCAUACAGAAGGGCAACCGCAAGAAAAUGACCUAUCAGAAGAUGGCACGGGCCCUGAGAAACUACGGCAAGACUGGGGAGGUCAAGAAAGUCAAGAAGAAGUUGACCUAUCAGUUUAGUGGAGAGGUGAUGGGAAGGAGUAGCAUGGAUAGGAAGCACUAUACUCUUUGAAGCAUAGAGCCUGGAAUCCUGAAAAGCCAAAUAAUAAAGACACAUGGGUUGGACUUAGCAGCAGAGUUGCUGAACACAUCUUUUAUUAUGCUUCCCAAGCCCUCACCCCCAUCUUAUUUGAGGCUAUCAACAUUCAGUGUUUCUGGUACGAAUUCCCUCCUUCAUCUUUGAAAUUCCUACAGAUUUCUUUGCUUCUACACAACAAGCUGGACACAGUAGGGAUUUGUUUUUUUAAAAAGAAAUGUAUAGAUGUAUUAUUUUCAGAAAAUAUUUGAUUGUGCUGUAAUUAAAAUUUGCAGCUGAUGAAGUUUUUUGUCCUUCACAGGUAGUAAUAUUUCACCUUCAAAGACUGCCUUAGCUUACAGCUUUAAACUAGCAUUAAUACAGGCUCUGCUAUAUUUCUCCAUGGCUAGAGAGAAGUUUGCAGAUCUUGGAAAUAUCUUACUGUGCAAAUAUGAAUAACAUGUACAUAUUUAAUAAAACCAAGUAUAAGAAAAGCAUAUUUCCUGCAUUAAUCUGUAACGGCUCAUAAGUAAGUCUAGCAACCAUUGAGUGCAUAUGUACAACACAGACUCCUUAAAUCUGUAAUGGCUCAGCGAGUCUAACAACCACUGAGUACAUAUCUACAACAGAGACUUAUUAUUAAUCAUUCAAGUAUAAAAAUACUUUAAUUGUAAUAUACAAUUAUUCAUUUACUUAGAACAAUAUAUAUGGUUAUAUCAGAACAA